UCCGGCUGUGUCCGGGCGUUUGUUUAUUUCAGAAGGCGUUGCCAAACAGUCGCUUAAAUUUUGAGACCAAAACUCGAAAACCGGUUGUGUCUGUCUAAGCCUCCUCUUCACCAUCUUCUGUACUUUGCUCUCCCUCACGCAACAUGUCUGCUUUCCGUGCCCUCCGUCAGCUCACUGCAUCUUCAUCUCGGGCCGUUGCUCGUCCUGUGGCUCGCUCUGGUUCCCUGCGCCUUGCGACCGUGCAGCUUGCUCCUCGGGCUUCUAUGACUGCUGCGAGAGCUUUCUCGGCAUCUGCGCAUCGUUUUUCGGAGGGUUCGACUGACGUCGUCCUCUCACAAAAACUUGCUGAGGAACUCAAGUAUGAGAAAGAGGCUCUCGCUGACGCACCAGGAGAACCCGAGUUCUUGAAGACAUUUAAGGAGCAGGGUAUUUGGGAGAUCCAGGACGUCACUGGUAACGAUGAGGUCACUCUCGUGCGGAAAUUCGGCAAUGAGAAUAUCCGUUUGAUGUUCUCCAUCGCCGACAUUCAAAGUGCUGAAGAGGAGCCAGAAUACGAGCAGGAAGAAGGUGAAGGUGGAGAGGAUCAGCCUCUUCACUCGUACCCUAUUCGUGCUUCAUUCUCCAUCACGAAGGGUAACGGCAAGGGGUCCAUCAACAUUGACACUAUGUGCCAGGAGGGCGCGUUCAUCAUUGACAACAUGUCCUACUACCCCGACGCACAGCUCGGCACCGAGCUUACUGCUGAGGCUGACUGGAAACGCAGGGGCUUGUACAUUGGCCCUCAGUUUGAUACCCUUGAUGUUUCUGUCCAGGAGGAGAUCGAGAAGUGGGUACAGGAGCGGGGUAUCAAUGAGAACCUUGCUACAUUCGUUCCCGAAUAUUCGGAGUACAAAGAGCAAAAGGAAUAUGUUAGGUGGUUGGACAACGUGAAGAACUUCGUGGAUGCUUAGGCAUGUAGUACUCGUUUGCACUGCCUUCAUGACCACCCAAAAGCCAUCCUUACCAUCUGCAUGACCUCGCACACAUCUAUCUCUACACGUACAAACAUACAUCUAUUACAUGUUGUGUCUCCCCCCUCAGUCCCUCACUAGCAUCUAAUGUCACUCAAUGUUCACUGUUAUUGCUUUUAAAAGUGGAGCUUGAGGGUAGUACCGACACGAUUCGACCUUCAAAGAGAUUAAUCCACGCGUUGCUUUGCUCACUUACAUACCAAUUCCCUGACUGCUCUGUCACGUCUGACAAAUACGGGAGUCGGCUAUUUGGUCAAUUGUCAAAUCAGGUGACCAUUAUAAAUUGCAUAGGUAUUAGGCCACGUCUCCCUGUGUCACCGAAGCGGUGACCAGUGGGCUCGGAGCGCUGAGACCAUUCGAGGCAAUUCGGACGUGAUUCUCUCGCUAUUUGUAUGACCUUCCACAACC